AUGAAACCGGAACUGGAAAUCGACGAGUUAACAUGGCAGCUUUACCCACGUGCGAUUUCUUCAUGUGUUGACAUUUUUCACGAAAUGCCUGUUAGAAUAUAAUAACUGCCGCUUUAGCGGCUUCUCGCACACAGAGUUCAGCAACUGUUUGAACUUGGCAUCAUGGCUGGGAGUUCUAUGGACAGUUUUGAUCAAGACAACAAGUUCUUUAAGGGCUUGUUGGACAUGGUACCAGCACGAGUUCUCUUUGAUGAAGAAACAAAGAGGAAGAUAAGGGGGGAGGACGAGGAGGAAGAAGACUCCGGCCAGCAUGGCUCAAAAAAGAAAGGGAAACAGGAAAAAAGAAAAAAAACAAAAUUUGAUCCGUUGCAGAGAAAGACUGUGACCCAGCUCCAGGAAGAACUGGAACAGAGAGAAGGACAGUCUUUCACUCAGCUAAAAAAGAGUAAACACAAGAAGAAGCAAGCAGGUGCUGAACAAAAAAUCCGCAGCAUCACCCACGACCUCGAGGAGCUGAGGUCACGUCUGCAGGCUCGCAUCUCCGAACUCUCAGGAAAGAAGAGUAAGCUGACUGACAGGGAAUCGAAGGAGAAGAUCAGGCUGAUGAAGAAGAAUAAGAAGUUGAAGCUUAAGUUACGCGGUGCACAGAAGCAGAAUAAACACAAGGGUGAACACGGACAGCAGACAAACGCUGACGAUUCCCCAUCUCCGUCGGAGCCGUUAAUGGUCUCCGAGAAACCUGUGUAUAACAAGGAAGGCAAGCUUGUCUUCAGUAAGUUUGAUUUCACGGAUUCGGGGGAGGUUGAAAAACCAAAGACAGAUUUACGGGGCAAAAAUUACAAAAGACUGUUAGAAAAAUUAGAAAAACGGAAAAAGAAGGCUGAAGAAGUGCGCGAGAAGAGUGUUGAUGCUGCGCAAAAGUUGGAGGACAAGACAACGUGGAAAACUGCUUUGUUGAAGGCAGAGGGAGAGAAAGUUAAGGACAAUGAGAAUCUGCUGAAGAAAGCAGUGAAACGGAAAGAAAAAGAUAAAAAAAAGCGUCAGAAAUCGUGGGAGUCCCGCACACAGCAAGUGGAUCAGGACCAGAAAAAGAGGCAAGACAAGAGGAAGUUCAAUUUGGAUGCAAGGAAGAAACAAAAGCUAGAUAAGAAAAAGAAAAAGGCGGUUAAAAAGGGGAGGCUCAUUCCAGGGUUUUGAUAUUGAAUCUAUUUGUACAGGAAAAUAAAAUAAAGUUGUACAUAUUCA